AAAGUACUGAACAUACCGCAAAUGUUUUUGGUGGUAAAGAAGUAGCUCAUGUUUAUACGAGGAUGGAUAAUCCAACAACAUAUGGUUGCACUUGAAGGUGGAACUUACACUAUUUCUACAUCAUCUGGACAGGCUGCACAAUUUGUUGCUAUAUCAACGAUUUGUUCAGUGGGUAAUAAUAUCAUUUCAACAAGUUGUUUAUAUGGCGGAACUUACAUUCAGCUUAAGUUAUUUUUUUUUAAACGAAUAGGUUACAAUUUCAAAAUUGGGAUCAAUUUCAAAUUCGUUCAAGAUUUUGAAGCAAUUUGUAAGAUUACGCAUGAUACGGGAAUACCGGUUAUCGUUGAUAAUACUUUUGGUGGAUAUCUUAUUAAGCUAAUUGAACAUGGUGCAGAUAUAUUGUUAUUCAUAGUAGGCGCAACGAAAUGGAUUGAAGGUCAUGGAACAACAAUAGGUGGUGUAGUAUCGAUGGAAGUAAAUUUCCGUGGAACAAUGGAAGAUUACUGAUUCAACCAUAAUUUAUUGGGAUACAUUUUGUGUAUAAUUCCUUUACUAUGAAAGCACGUUCAGAAUUAUGCGUAACAUAGGACCAUGUCAGAAUCCUUUUGGAUCAUUACUAUUAAUACUUUUUACUCUGGACAAGGUCAUUUUAGUUAUAGACGAAGUAGUAGGACGUAGUUAGUUGCAACAAGUUGCAACAAGUUGCAACAAACCGUGUAAACAGUUUAUAUAGUCAAGACGAGCGAACCUAUCAACGUCCCAAUUUACGUCAGGUACUGUUAGAAAUAUCUUUAAAUUUACAAGUAAAAGAAAAAUGCUGCAGGGAGACCAAGGUCCUGAAACUUUAUCAUUAAGAGUUCAUAGACAAGCA